CUCAUAAAAAGUCAUAGUCCAGACAAAAAAAAAAAUAUGAUUUGGCUGUGCAAUAAGAAGUGACGUCUCCCAAAAGCUGAUGAAAUUGCAAGAAAAAUCGCCAAAAAGUUUUCAUCAGCAGGAUAAUGCAAAGAAUGAUAGACCCUGAAAAGGCAAUCUUAGUGCCAGAAUAAUAAGAAUUAAAGCGUCUGGAAGGACACGAUAAUAUGGACACCCCAUUCCCAUCAUCCCAAAUGGUCAGAAUAGUACAAAUUUCACUGUACUCUAUUAGUAAAAAUCCCCAAAAGUUAUUUUUGUUGUGGAAUAAUAAGAAUUAAAGCCCCCAGAAGGUGAAUUUACUGGCCUGAAUAAUAAGAAAUAAAGACUGCAAAACAGAGAUUUAGUUUCUCGAAUAGUAUUACAAACAAUAACAAUGUGUGAAUACCGAAUGCACAAUGGAAAAGAUCGGUAGAACAUGAAUUAAAGCCCGCUUAAAUGAAAUCAAUUUCACUUGUAUCCUCUUUGGCAAAACGAGCGUCUGCCUCAAAGGUCUGGGUUGAAAUCCCGGCCCCGUCUGUGUGGAGAUCGCAUGUCUGUGUGGGUUUUCUCCAUGGACUCAAAUUUCCCCCCACCUCCCAAUAAUAUACUAAAUUGCCCAUAGAUGUGAAUGUGUGUGCAAGUGGUUGUUUAUAAGAUAUGUUCCUUGCGAUUGGCUGGCAAACGCUUCAGGGCGUACCCUGCAUCAAGCCCAAAGAUAGCUGGGAUAGGCUCCAGCACUCCAGCUACUCUUGUGAGGAUAAGCAGCCCAGAAAACUGAUGCAUAGUAUGCUCUUCAACCAGGAUGUGAAAGUGGCGUCAAACUGAAUCACCCCCCACUUCCUUCCUGCUCGCCAUCCGGAUCAUCUGGUUUUAGCCCUCAUUAAAAGUGACUUUUUUUUUGUAUGUCUGCAGCUGCUUCUUAAAUGCGACGCAGAUUAAGCAGCAAUUAGGAGACCAGCGUGAACAGAUCACAGCUGUCAGGAUGACAUCAUCGCCGAGGCGACUAGUCCGCAGGGGGGGCACUAUUCUGCGAGCUAACGUACUCCCAUCACCUCACCAAGCAAGAAGAAUAUGGAUUGUCUCAUUGUUUGUUCGUUUUUUUUUUUUUUUUUUUUUUUGGACGUACCUAGCCAGUGUCCAGCAAAAGCAAAUCAAUGAUCUGCGCCAUAGUUAAAAAAAAAAAGAGAGAUAAGAAUUUCCCCCCUCAAAACGUUGUUAGGGUCUCACUGUCCACAAAAAGCAAAUAAAUCAAAACCAUUGUAAACUUUAAAAUAACCUUUUUCCUACCAAUAAAUUCUAAUCUUGGAAAAUAAAUUCGAAGGGAGAAUGUCCAUAUCCACUCAAUUAGACGUCUGCUUCUCUCUACAGGCAGAAAGGUGACACUGCAACAUUUUCUCAUUAAUCUUUAUGAUUAAAAACAAACAAACAAAAAAAAAACGCUUACUAUUCCACUGAGGCUUACUUGUGAUUUUAGUCGCUCGAAACACUUUUGACUUUCACAAUUGCGUGAUAUCAAUCGAGUAGAUCUCGUGAGUCGCCAUUGCUGACGUCUGGCACUUCCGCAUCCGAUUGCCCCGCCCCCUAAAAAGUCAGUUUGUUUGCAAACAGAGCGGCUACUUGACGAGCUCGCGAUGGGCCGACACGAAGACGACGACCACGCGGCGGAAGAGGAGCCGGUAGAGGAGCGCCCCGCCUCCGCAGUCUCAACAGAAAGCCUCCUGGCCGCCUCCGUCGACGUCGAGGAGGAGGAGGGAGCCGACUGGGCCACACAAUCUUCACACCGCUUGCUGGCGUACAGCGACGCGCUGCUCUCCAUCAUCGCCACUGUCAUGAUCCUUCCCGUGGCCCACACCAAGAUGGAGGUGGACAAGGAGCUGGAUGAGAACCUUCAGCUUCUGCUGGGGACCAAGAUGGCCGUCUACCUGAUGACCUUCCUCAUAGUCACUGUGGCCUGGGCGGCACACAUCAGGUUAUUUCAGGUGAUCGUUCGUAUCGAUGACACUCUGGCCUUGCUUAACCUCGCAUGCAUGAUGCUGAUCACCCUGCUGCCGUACACGUUUUCGCUGAUGGCGACCUUUCCCACACACAUCCUGGGAAUUCUUCUCUUCUGCGGCUGUGUGAUGGUCAUUGGUGGCAUUCAGUCAGUGAUCGUCUUGUAUGCCUUUGGUCGUCCGUUCCUGCUCCAGGAUCAGAUCCGAGCGUGUGAGGAUCACUCGGUGUACAAACGUCACAUCCUCAAAGUCCUCCUGAGGGUUCCUCUCAUAUGUCUCUUGGCUGGACUUUGCUCGUUCUUCUGCUACCAAUUGUCGUACGUGUUGCUGGCUCUGGUCAUCUUCCUUCCAUACAUCUCGCGGGGCGUCCUGUGGUUUCGGGACAAACUCCUCGGUCCUGUGGAGGAAGAUCCGGAGCAGGUUAUGUUCUACAGCUUCCUGCCUAGUGAGCCGCUCAGUAAGGAGCGUGUGGAGGCCUUCAGUGAUGGUGUCUAUGCCAUCGUGGCCACGCUCCUCAUCCUGGACAUUUGUGAGGACAACGUUCCUGAGCCGGCAUCGCUGCAGCAACGCUUCAAUAACAGCCUGGUGGCGGCACUACGCUCGUACGGGCCUGAGUACCUGGCCUACCUGGGCUCCUUUGCCACAGUGGGCCUGCUGUGGUUUGCGCAUCACUCUCUUUUUCUCCAAGUGUCUCGGGCCACGCGCGUAAUGGGCCUUCUGAACACGUUGUCUCUGGCCUUCGUGGGAGGCCUGCCACUGGCCUUCCGGUUGACUCACGAGCUUCCUCGCGCUGCGCUCCGCGAUGAGCGGCGGGCCGUGCAGGCCAGCUGCGUCCUGGUCUUUGGCGCCGGCGUCUUCCAGCUGGCCACCUGGGUGGCGGCGCUGCAGGGCGGCGGUCGGCGAACGCUGCGGCCGGCCGUGCGCUAUGGCGGCCCCGAGCACAUCUUCAUGCUGGCCAAGCUGGCGCUGUACCCGGCGGUAGCACUUGCCGCCUUCCUGCUCACGUGCGUGUUGAGCCGCUUCAGUGUCACUAUCUUCCACCUCAUGGAGAUCGCCACACCGCUAGCCUUCCUGCUGCUCAGGUUGAUGGUGCGAGUUGCAGGCGCCCUGCUCAGACGCCUGUUUUGUCCUCAAAGGAGACAACCAGAAAAUGGCGAGGAAAACAUUACCUCAAGGGUGCCGUCUAACGCUUUGCUAACUUAGUUGGUUGAAAACCAUAAUUUCUCGUGUAUAAUGCACAUUCCACCCCCCCAAAAAUGUCAAAAGUAAAGCAAGUAAUGCACAUAUUGCAUAGGUAUUUGGGAAUAUUGUAACACAUUUUAAUCAUAUGUAUGCUGCCAACUAGAGGUUAUGGAAAAAGCAGUACCCUUUCAUUGCAACAUGCCAAAGCCACCUAGUGGUCAUAAAAAAGGUGCAGUCUUUACUUGGAUUUCAAUAUGACAGGGAUACACAUGACUGCAUAUGUGCAGUAUGUACUCAUAGGUUUACAUACCCUGGCAGAAUUUGUGAGAAUAUAUAUAAAUAUAUAUAUAUAUAUAUAUAUAUAUGUGUCCUUGUUUAAGAAAAAAAGUCAUGACUGAUGACUGAACAACCACCUUCAUUCAUUUCUUUAUGGUAACAUAUUGUUUGAUGAUGAUAGUUUUCUGAAAUCCGUGAUAGUUUCAUUUGAAUCCCAUUAAAAUGAGUUGUUUCGUCUGGCACUUAAGGUUUUCUUCAAUGAAUUUCAAAUUCUGCCUGGGUAAUCAAACAUAUGUGCACAACUCUUUUCUCACUAAAUAAAAGUAGGGGUGAGAAUUUCAAAAUAAGAGAAAGUAAAUACAAAGUAUUUCAUGUUCAAAUAAAGAGCUUACUUUCAGAAUAAUUCUUUGGGAGAACAGGAUCAUACAGGCAGAAGCAAAAUAUUGCAUUGUAAAAAUGCAAUAUACAUAAGUGGAAAGGUUUUCCUCAAAUUUGAGGUCAACUUUGGGGGUGCAUGUUAUACAUGGGUGCUUGUUAUAUACGAGCAAUUAUGGUAGUAUGACGUGAUAAGCAUGCCUAAUAAUUUUAAAACAAUGCGCUUUUGUAACUUUGGUGCCGCAAAUCGCUGUUUUAACACUAAGCGUUAUCUAUGUUCAAAAAUUUAAAUGUCCAUUUUAGUCACUCCAACAAAAUUCUGAUGAUUUUUUUUUUUUUUUUAAACCAGAUGUUCAUAGGAUUACUUGUCAGUAAUACCUUUGAAAAAUUAUUUAGUGAGAAAAAUGGUGAGGUGUUGAAAACUUAUUUUAGCCGCGGUUUUUGUUCAAAUCGACACGGCAGGAUCCGCAAGCAUCUGUUGAGUUUUAUUGCUAAGCAGUGCCUACAUUAAAAACAUUUUGGCAAUCACGAAGACAAAGAAAAUCAGUUUUGACAAGUCAUGAUAACAACAAAUGUCGGAAAAAGACAUAAAACACUAAUGCUGCAACAACUCAUUGUUACUGUCUGUAAAUAUUUUGAUACAUGUGAUUAAACUUUUUUUUAAGCUUAAAACAUUUCAGACUGACUGCAGAAAAUGCACAUAGAUUGUGAUUCAGUUGAUGGUUUGGUCUGUAACUUGACCAAGAUAAAUCAGUUCAAAGGUUAUUUUCUGUCACUAACCAAGUUGGACAGAACAUGACACGCUUCUUAAUAACGACUCACACAUCACCAUCUUAUUUUAAGGCGAAGUUACAUUAAAUACAUUUUAAUGUUGUAACCAGAAAAAAAAAGUCACGGCAGUGGUUCAUGGAGGCGGAAGACAACCCCCCUCAUCAAAAUUUUUAUAAAGUUUGCAAAAAAAAAAUUCAUUGAAAUCUUGUUUCUGAAAAAUAAAUAAAUAUGUAUUAUAGCGAGGUUACUCAAUUUCAUGUCUGUCAGUGAAAUUGGUUUCUAGGCUGGAGAAGCUUUGAACAAAGUACUAUCUAGCCUUAGAACUCGCCAAAUAUUAGCUGCUUCAACUAAAAAAUGGCUUACUUCCUUUUCAAAUACGGACGUGUGUCUUUGAGACUUUUUCGUGUACCUUGUCACGACGGAUACAUCUACUAAAUUUUGUCCAGAUUGGUGAAGAAUAAUUGUAUCCUGCCACCUGCCCGAAAAUAAGGGAUAAGCUCCAGCACUCCCGCGACCCUUGUGAGGAUAACUGGCUCAGAUCGUGGAUGGAUGGAAUGAUGAAUGAUUAAUGAAGUCAUAAAAAUGUCACUAAGCCAUAAUAAUUUCAAAUUGCACUUUUUCUGUUGUUCAAUUUAGACCACAGAUGACUUUGCGUCAAAGAAAGCACCUUGAAUAUAACUUUUUAAAAUAUUAUUAUUAGGAUUGAGUAGACAAUUGCAGCGUAAACUUGAAAGAUUUGUGCUUAGGCAUCUGGAAUGUUCUUCACAAUGAUUGUGUUGCUUAAGUUUGAAAAACCUUUUUUUUAAUGUAAUUUGUCAUUUCCCAACAUGUCUACAUUUCAUAUCUGUAUUUUCUCUUCAUGUUGUAUGAAUUAUUUUAAAUGCCACACAUUUUUUUAAAUGACUUUAUUUACCCCACGUUCAUCUCAAACCCUUCAUCAUCACCAUUACAAACCUCAUGAAAUUAAAUAUUCACAGAAUGAUAAAUAAAAAUGUUUUAAAAAAAAUCAACACCACCGCUGAAUGUCCAUUUUGUUUCUAAAAUAAUAAAAAUAAUUAAAAAAGAGUUAACUGUCAUAUUUCAGGAUGUUAUGCCCAAUCACAAUCAAUUUGUAAUGUGCAAGUCUGUCAAGGGAACAAUUGAAACGCAUAUUACUGGAACCUUUUUUUUUUUUUUUUUUCAGUAAAAAUAAAUUGGGGAGCCGAUUGUCAGACAUUUUUCAAAUUUAUGUGUAAAUU